AUGGAUUCGAUUUGGUCUGAAAAUGUCGUCCCCAGCGCUUCGCAUUUCGCCGUCGCGGUUUACUUCGCCUUCGCUUUCUUCGCCGCCAGGUUUUUGCUCGACAGAUUCGUCUUUCGUAGGCUUGCCAUCUGGUUGCUGGGAUAUGGAGCUACCCACAACAUGAAUGAGGCUAAAAAAGGGAAAAUUGGAAAAUUCACUGAAUCUAUGUGGAAACUUGCAUAUUAUGCCACUGUUGAGUAUUGUGCCCUAAAAGCCACCUAUCAUCAGCCAUGGUUUUAUGAUACUAAGCAGUACUUCAGAGGCUGGCCAAAUCAAGAGCUACAGCCUUCCAUAAUUUAA